CCUCCAGUCUCUGCAUUAGGUUUCAUUUUAGCGGCAGACGAGAGCAAAAGCAAGGAGAAACCCUAACCAUGGCGACUCAAGCAGCUGCUGAAUCUGUGCAAUGUUUCGGAAGGAAGAAGACCGCAGUGGCCGUCACUCACUGCAAACGUGGAUCUGGUUUGAUCAAGCUCAACGGUUCCCCAAUCGAGCUUUUCCAGCCUGAGAUCCUCCGAUUCAAGAUCUUCGAGCCGGUUCUUCUCCUCGGAAAGCACCGUUUCGCAGGUGUCGACAUGAGGAUCCGUGUCAAUGGUGGUGGUCACACUUCUCAGGUUUACGCUAUCCGUCAGAGUAUCGCGAAGGCUCUUGUUGCGUUCUACCAGAAGUAUGUGGAUGAGCAAUCGAAGAAGGAGAUUAAGGAUGUCUUGGUGAGGUAUGAUAGGACUCUGCUUGUGGCGGAUCCGAGAAGGUGUGAGCCAAAGAAGUUUGGUGGUCCUGGUGCUCGUGCUCGUUUCCAGAAGAGUUACCGUUAAACAAAGCUGGUUUGUUUUGUUUUUCAAUUUGGAAUCAUCGUGAGGUUUUUUGGAGUAUGGACUUGUGAGACUCUUUAGAUUUAUAAUUUCAGUUUUAUUAUGCUUGUUGGAUAAUGGUGAUUCUCCAAGAAACUUAUGUUUUGUUAUGUUUACUCGUUUUGUUAUCUUAAAGUUCUUAUUUUUAUUUCAUUGUCUUGUUGGUUUUUACUCAAUAUAUGGUAUUUGCAUAGUCCGAUCAAAGGUUAGGUUAAUCAUUGCUUAUACAAUCUGCAUUUGUGUCUAUAUAUUAGGUCUAGUUUAGUUUAUGAGAAGGCUGUUGUUUGAUGUUGCUUAGCUAUAGACUACAGUGUGAUGAAAUCUCUGUUAAACAAAUGGGCGAAAUGUUAGUCUUUGCUCCUGAGUAGAUCAAUAGAAGUUGUGUUAUGCUUAGCUUGAUGUUGUUUUAAUCUGUAAGCACAGAUAUGCACAGCAUUUGAUCUGAUCUUUUGAUUUCCCAUUGGAUCUAAACUAGCUCUGCUGUUUAUCGUAUCUUAAGUCUUCUCUCUGUCUUGCUUUUGUUGGAUUUCUCAAAAAUUUAUCUUUGCCAUGCAAAUUUGGUUUGUCUGCUGAUUCGACGCAAUCAUUAGCAUCUUACUAUUGAUUAAGGAGAUUAGAAUUGGAAUAACGUCCUGGCUUGGAGGGACUCAUCAAUAAUCACAGAAUUUUUUG